AUGCAAUAUUUUGGAAGAGCUAUUGGGUCUGUAUCAAAAACAUGGUCUUCUCUGAACCCUGCGACUUUGUCUGGAGCGAUAGACGUUAUUGUGGUUGAUCAUCCAGACGGUACGCUAGCAUGCUCACCAUUUCAUGUUCGAUUUGGUAAGUUUCAGAUAUUACAGCCAUCCCAAAAGAAAGUAGAAGUUUUGGUAAAUGGCAAAUCAACUAAUAUUCCCAUGAAACUGGGAGAUUCAGGGGAAGCGUAUUUUGUUUUUGAGACGACAUCCGAUGUUGAGGGUAUACCAAAUGAAUUGUUAUCAUCGCCAGUUAUAAGUGCAACAAGCAGCCCUCCAGAGUCCCCCAAGUCUAGUCGUACGGAAUUGGACAACAGCUACGAAAUCAGUACUAAUGACGAAGAUAAUGAGAAUAACAAUGAGAAUGAAAAUAAUGACAAUAGCAAUGAUAGACGUGGGAAUAGUAAUGACCAAAAGAAGGAGUCCAGCGGGCCCAGUACUCUAGAAGAACCAGACUUUCUUGAUAUAAAUGACGUGGGGCCAGAUGCAGACCUAAACAUACCGUUAUUAACUGGAAAAGACUCAGUACCGAUAUCAAAGACGAAGAUUUUCCAGGAAAAACUGAAUAAAAAACUAACUCAGAUUCACAUUCCCAGUAAAUUGGAUAACAAUGGGGAUUUACUGUUGGAUAUUGAGGGUUACAAGCCCAACAAGGACAAAGUUCAUAAUGCCGAUAAUCAAUUGAAACAAUUGCUUCAAGAAGAACUGGGAACCGAAUUUGAUAUAUCGAACUUCAUAAAGGAGGACUCUGAAGGAAAUGUAAGAAUAGUCAAUCCAUUUGAAAAGCAUUUGGGUACUCCGUUAGUGUCACCUCCAGCGAGUGCUGAUGAAUCUGCUUCAAAUUUGGAGUCAAAAUUCGACUCGGCAGACAGUUCUGCGUUCUCCUUAUCAUCUGAUAGUGAAAGCCAUCUGGAAUCGAAAGAAAACUCUGAGACUAGCAGUGGUCAUCAUUAUAUCAAAACUUUGAGAUUAUCUAGCGAUCAAUUAAAGUGUCUGGACCUGAAAUACGGUGAAAAUGAGGUAACUUUUUCAGUGGACCAAGGUAGGGCAGUGACCACAGCAAAAUUAUUCGUUUGGAGGUGGGAUGUUCCCAUAGUUAUCAGUGAUAUUGAUGGAACAAUUACGAAAUCUGAUGCAUUGGGGCAUGUCUUGACCAUGCUGGGGAAGGAUUGGACACAUGUGGGUGUUGCCAAAUUAUUUUCCGAAAUCUAUAAAAAUGGUUAUAACGUCAUGUAUCUAACGGCAAGAAGUGCUGGACAGGCGGAUUCCACUAGGAGUUAUCUUAGGUCUAUUUCUCAAAAUGGCAACCAUCUGCCCGCAGGCCCCGUCAUAUUGUCACCUGAUAGAACCAUGGCAGCUCUACGGCGUGAGGUCAUUUUAAAGAAACCUGAGGUUUUCAAAAUUGCUUGUUUGAAUGAUAUUAGGUCGUUAUAUUUUGAUCAAAAAUCAAUGAAGGGAGAGAGUGUUGACGAUGAGGAAGGCGAGAAUCCAGAUGAAAAACCAACACCAUUUUUUGCGGGAUUCGGAAAUAGGAUAACUGAUGCACUUUCAUACAGAACCGUUGGAAUCCCAAGUUCUAGGAUUUUCACCAUAAAUACGGAGGGCGAAGUACACAUGGAGUUACUUGAACUGGCUGGAUACAAGAGUUCUUACGUUUUCAUCAAUGAAUUAGUUGAUCAUUUUUUCCCCCCUGUGGCAUGCAUUGAUGAUGAGCAGAGAAGUAUAGCAUCGACACCCGGCUCACCACAGAAUAAUACAAUGGAUAUGGAAGCCAAUACCGAUAGCAACUUCCUAUUCAGAAGUAAUCAAGAAAACAGGUUUACCGAUGCGAAUUUUUGGAGGGAACCAAUUUUGAAGCUUGAUGAUUUAUCUGAACUGAAUGACAGUGAUGUCGAACAACCAUCGGAAGCCCGACCGCUCGCUACGGACAAGAAAGAAUCAUCAGAACUCCACAAAUAUAAUACGGGCGAUAGAAGUUGGAGCUCACAGUAUGAUGCAGAUUUGUGUACGCCAAAGAAAAAGAGAGCUACAUCCUCGAGGGACGAAAUUGGUAAACGAAUUUAUCUGGGACUUGGUUCACCGUUAAGCUCGCCCAAGAUUAAUUACAUCGACACGAAGGAUUUAGCACAGGGCUUAGACAAAAUUUCACUGUCAAAACCAGCACCCGCCAUAUCUGGUGUUUCCAAGGUCAGUGUUAUGGAUGAUGUGCAUUCUCCAUCCACAAAGGAAGCAGGACAGCUGUCAUCGGAUCAUGAUGGCGAUGAUGAGUACAAUCAUGAUACUGAUGAGGAAGAAGAGGGUCUGGAUGAUGAAUUUGAUGAGGACGAAUUUAUUGACACCUAG